CCCCCGGGUGUCCCCUCCCCGCAGCCACGGAGCCCAGCGCCGGCCGACCAUGCGCCGCGUCCGGGUCCCGCGGGCGCCGCUGCUGCCGCUGCAGCUCGCCCUGCUGGUGGCCGUGGGGGCCCGUGAGACCCGGGUCAGCGGGCCGAGGAGCCUGGCGUGGGGCCCGGGGCUGCAGGCGGCCGCCGUCCUGCCGGUGCGCUACUUCUUCCUGCAGGCGGUGGACCCGCAGGGCCGGAACCUCACCGGAUCGCCGCCAGGACAAACACUAUUCAAAGUAGUGGUAAAAUCUCUUUCCCCUAAAGAGUUAGUCCGGAUUUAUGUCCCUAAACCUUUGGAUAGGAAUGAUGGAACGUUUUUGGUGAGAUAUAGGAUGCACGAGACGGUCCAUGAAGGGCUGAAGAUAGAGGUCCUUUAUGGUGGUGAGCAUGUGGCCCAGUCUCCCUAUAUUUUGAAAGGACCUGUGUACCAUGAGUACUGUGACUGCCCAGAAGAGGACCCUCAGGCCUGGCAGAAAACUCUUUCUUGUCCAACUCAGGAACCACAGAUCGAACAAGAUUUCACUUCUUUCCCUAGCAUCAAUCUCCAGCAGAUGCUGAAGGAAGUCCCCAAAAGGUUUGGGGACGAGAGGGGUGCUGUUGUUCAUUACACAAUUCUCAAUAACCACAUUUACCGGAGAUCUUUGGGGAAAUACACAGACUUCAAAAUGUUCUCUGAUGAGAUUUUGCUGUCACUGACGAGAAAGGUCCUCCUCCCAGAUUUAGAAUUUUAUAUUAAUCUUGGAGAUUGGCCCUUGGAGCAUCGAAAAGUCAAUGACACCCCUGGCCCAAUACCAAUCAUUUCCUGGUGCGGAUCCCUGGAUUCAAGAGAUGUUAUCCUUCCAACAUAUGACAUCACCCACUCCACCCUUGAAGCAAUGAAGGGUGUUACAAAUGAUCUCCUCUCUAUUCAGGGAAAUACAGGGCCUUCCUGGAUCAAUAAGACAGAGAAAGCAUUCUUCCGAGGUAGAGACAGCCGGGAGGAGAGGCUGCAGUUGGUACAGCUGGCCAAAGAGAAUCCUCACCUACUAGAUGCAGGAAUUACAGGAUAUUUCUUUUUCCAAGAGAAAGAAAAAGAGCUUGGAAAAGCCAAGUUGAUGGGUUUCUUUGAUUUCUUUAAGUACAAGUACCAGGUGAACGUGGAUGGGACUGUGGCUGCAUACAGGUACCCGUACCUCAUGCUGGGGGACAGCCUGGUUCUGAAGCAGGACUCACCAUAUUAUGAACACUUCUACGUGGCACUGAGGCCUUGGAGACACUAUGUUCCCAUUAAAAGAAACCUCAGUGAUUUACUAGAGAAAGUGAAAUGGGCCAAGGAAAAUGAUGAAGAAGCAAAGAAGAUUGCAAAAGAAGGCCAGCUGGCUGCCAGGGACCUGCUGCAGCCACCCAGACUUUACUGCUACUACUACAAAGUACUCCAGAAAUAUGCCGAGCGCCAGGCCAGCAAACCGGAGAUACGUGAUGGAAUGGAACUUGUUCCACAACCAGAUGAUAAUGCCUCCACCUGCCGGUGCCACCGGAGGCCUGUGAGGGAAGAGCUUUAAGGUUGCCCAGCUCCACACACCUAUUAUGCCCACCAUGUCCUUGAGGAAAUACUCAGAAGAGGUGCUAAGCUGUGAAGAAAUUCAGAAGCCAAGCGUGGUGGAUUAGGCUCCUGUGUAAUCCCAGCACUCAGGAGGCUGAGGCAAGAGGAUUGCUUGAGACCAAGGCCAGCCUGAACUAUCUAGUAAGUUCCAAGCCAGCCUAGACAGCCCAGUUAAGCCUCCUCAGAAAGAAAAAAAAUCAAAAUGAAAAAGAAAAAUAGAGAGAAGCCAGGCAUGGUAAUGCAUGCUUGUGAUCCUGCACUUGGGAGCCAGAGGCAGGAAGAUCAUGAGAUCCAGUGUUACCCAGUACCUUUGGGUAGUAAUUUCUAUAGGGUUUGAACUGCUUUUAUCAGCAUCACAACACUUUGAACUUCCUAGCAGGUGGAAAGGUUUAUCAAUCACAUGGGACUUGGUCAACACCACAUUUAUUGGUUCAUUUUUUUAAUCUUUUCUUCACUUUCUUUCAUGUUCAAUUAUGAGGAGAAAAACGCACCAUUUCUCCUCUUGCAAGCAAGCUGCUCUUGGCGUUCAAAGCUUCCUUUGGAAGACUGGAUAAAGAAUAAAGACCCGGAGGAUGACGGGGUUAUAAUGGUAGAAUGGAGACAGCUGAUAGAGCCUUUUUUAAAGCACUGCUUAUGUCUUCAGCUAAAUUUUGCCAAAGUCUGAGACACAAUUAAGAAGGAAUUGUGCCUUAAACCAGCUAUUCACAGUCAAUCAGGGUUGUACACCUACUAAGGACAACACAGUCAUUAGUAUAGAUAACAGCUUCCAGUGAGUAUCUUUAUCAUCUAUAUAUUAGGUGGAUAAAAGAUAACAGUUGCCAGGUUGAGAUCUUGAAUCCUUUUUACCCUCUCAAGAGUUCUUGAAAAUCUCUACAGCAAAGUUCAGGAAGCCUUGGUAUCCCGGAAAUCGUAAACAAGCUAACAAUAGAGGCCAGUACUCAUUCCUCACUCGCACACACCCCUCAAUUUCAGUGAGUUACAUCACUAAAACCUUUAGGACAGGGUCAACCCAUAAAACUCAUAACCCGUAAAUUCAUCACAAACUCAGAGUACCAUCGAUCCAAGAUCCAGCUCAUGACAGGAUAUGCUCUAAAACAGGAGCCACAUAUGCUCCCAUUGUAAAAAUAUUCACUCCCUUAAUUGAAAUACUCAAUUAGUCAUAUAUUUUAUGAAUCACAGUAAGAACAUAGAAAUUUAUAUAUUUAACUACACAAAACCAAAUUUCCAAAAAGUAUCAUCAAGCCAAGUACUCUAUAACUUGUUUCAAAGCAUGAGUUUACUAGUAUGAAAUAAAGGACAAACUGUCCUCAGACCACA